UUCAAUAAAUUCCACAAGAAAUCAGCAAAAUCCAAACGGGACACAUUGAUUCUCAAACGUGGAGUGGACUAUUAUCAAUCUCGAUUGAUCAUCUCCCACGUCUUCCAUGAUCGUUACUCUAUUAAUCAAGGAGUAAUUUAGCGUGGUCAUUCAUCUUUCCUUCUAGAUUUGGAAUUCGUGUUGUUUGGUGGGAUUCAGAAGUAUGGAGCAGGAGAGAGGUUUGCCGGGAUCGUCGCUUAGCCCUAGAUCUCCGUCUUCGCAGCCCUAUCUGUCAGUUUCGGUGACUGAUCCUGUGAAAUUAGGCAAUGGAGUUCAAGCUUAUAUCUCAUACCGAGUCAUCACAAAGACUAAUUUCCCCGAGUACCAAGGUCCAGAGAAGAUUGUCAUUCGGCGAUACAGUGAUUUUGUUUGGUUACAUGCUCGCCUUUUUGAGAAGUACAAAGGCAUUUUUAUUCCUUCUCUUCCAGAGAAGAAUGCUGUAGAGAAAUUUCGUUUUAGUGCUGAAUUUAUUGAAAUGAGGCGUCAAGCUUUGGAUAUAUUUGUAAAUCGGAUAGCCUCACAUCAUGAGCUUCAACAGAGUGAGGAUUUGAGAACCUUCUUGCAGGCAGAAGAAGAGACGAUGGAGAGGUUGAGGUCUCAUGACUCUGGAAUUUUCAAGAAAAAGCCAGCUGAUUUAAUGCAAAUAUUCAAGGAUGUACAGUCUAAAGUUAGCGACAUUGUUCUUGGAAAAGAAAAACCGGUGGAAGAGUCAAAUCCUGAAUAUGAAAAGCUAAAACACUACAUCUUUGAGCUUGAAAACCACUUAACUGAAGCCCAGAAGCAUGCAUAUCGACUUGUGAAAAGGCAUAGAGAGUUGGGACAAGCGUUAUUGGAUUUUGGAAAGGCUGCCAAGCUUCUUGGUGCUUGUGAAGAAAAGGCUGUCGGCAAGGGGUUUUCAGAACUGGGAGCCAAAUCAGAGAUGUUGUCAAAUAAGUUGCAAACAGAGGCCCACCAACUUCUAAUGAAUUUCGAGGAACCCUUGAAAGAUUAUGUUCGUACGGUGCAAUCUAUUAAGGCCACCAUAGCCGAGAGGGCCAACGCUUUCAGGCAACAAUGUGAACUUGCUGAAACAACAAAGCUGAAAGAGAUAAAUCUAGACAAACUGAUGCUAAUGAGAUCCGAUAAAGCAGCCGAGGCCGAGAUGGAGUAUAAAGAGUUGAAGGCAGCAAGUGAGGAAGCGACAAGAAGAUUUGAGACAAUAGUGGCACUAAUGAAUCAAGAGACCAUAAGAUUUCAAGAACAGAAAACACUAGACAUGGGGCUUGCUUUCCAUGAAUUUGCAAAAGGACAGGCACGUUUGGCAAGCGGGGUUGCCGAUGCUUGGCGAAGUCUCCUUCCCAAGCUCGAGGCUCUCUCCGUUUCAUGAACAACGAAGUGCCUUGGUAGUCGUCUCUAACAGCAGAUGCAGAGAUUGUAGCAACACAUCGCUUAUAUAAUACAGUCAGUUUAUGCUGUUUUCUGCUUUUCCAUCUUCUGUACAAAUCUAAAUAUGACGACGUUGUAGGCUUAGACAUCUGUAUUUUCCACACUGUUUUGAGUUUACUAAGAAUUUUCCCUUAUGGCUAUGGUUUACAAGAUAUUGUUGGACAAAUUACUGAAUUCUUUUGACACGA